AUGCUCGCGACAGAGCCUCGCCUGUCUUCGUUGUCGUUCCCGAGGUUUGAACUACCUCCAGAAUCCUCAGCAGAGGAGCACACUCCUGCAAGAUUGAAUCUGGAAAUUGCUCUGCGUGGCUUGGAUCCACUACUUUUGCUGGAUAAAGCAACGACUCAUGCGCAGCUAUCAAGCUGGUUCACUUCUAUUCAUACUUGGGACACCGCCCACUCUGAGAGACUCGUGAUGGAUGCAUUCUCCUCUUUUGACUUGGAUGGUUAUGUUGGGAAAGUCCGUGGCUGGCUGGCUCAGUGGGUGCAAACGGGAAGCAAUCCCUUCAUCCAUCGUCAGCUGUACAGCUCGAGGUUCCCAAGAAGCAUCCAAGAUGCGUACAUGUGCCUUUCAUGUUUCCUAAACAAGACUCCAGCUAAUGAGCAUCUGGUUAUGCGCCUUGUGGAAGAGCGCUCUCAGGUUUUGCUAAAUGAACACGGCUCUGACCGAGAUCAGCGCAACGGCCUUGACUUGAUGGACCAUAUCGCGCGAGUUCAAGCUCUGUUGGUCUACCAGUUUAUUGGCCUGUUUGAAUACAAAGUCCGCCUACUUCCAGUCGCUCAAAGUCGGAACGACCUCCUGCUGGCAUGGACCAAGGAGAUGGUCUCGGUAGCGGCAAACACAGUUCCAUCCGGAGUGCGAGAUAUACUUUCAUCCUCGGAACUCGGAAAUCACUACGGAAAAGACUUCAUUCAAUUGCUCUGGCACUCUUGGAUCGUUUCGGAGACUGUUCGCCGAACUUGGAAUGUCAUGGCCACUAUGCUCGGACUGUUCGGCUUUGUCAACCGUGGAAGGGAGGCCUCAUGUCCAGGCGGCAUGGUGUUCACCACCCGGAUCGGAGUUUGGGAAGCGAAAAAUGCUACCGAAUGGCUGGAGAUUUGUUCUUCUCGAUCAGUAGGGUUGAUGCAAGUUGCUGAGGCCUGCGCAAAAGAGUGCAGCAAAGCAUGA